UUGAGGUCAGUCAGAAUCCGUAUAAACUGUCCAGGCGACCAGACUCACGGACGCGCAGAAGGGUGCUGAAAAUCACGCCAGCCCUCAAUAACAUGUCAUUAUGUUGUUGCUCUGUCUGUUCAGUUCCGUCGGCGGGUAACUAAAGACAGCACGGAGGGUUGGAUUGCCUGUUGUUGGAACUAGCCGUGGACAUUUGCCGAAGGAAAGUGUUGCUUGGGAGCGACUCAUGUGGCGGCGCCGACAGGAAACUCUGAGCUUUGAUUCCAUUGACGGCGACUCUUCGGAAUCAUUCAGAACUCGAGCGCGCGGACAUUGAACGCUUAUGGCGUUGUGUUUUGGGGAAUUUCAGCCUGAGCAACUUUGAACAUUUUUGGGAGAAAUUAAACACAUACAAAUUAAAUAUUCUGUAAUAUUGAUCACCCCGUGGGACGAUUAAAAAAUGUCGAGUCCUCUUCCGAAGUUCAAAAAGGAUAAGGAGAUCAUUGUAGAGUACGAGAGUCAAGUCAAAGAGAUCCGAGCCCAGUUGGUGGAACAGCAAAAAUGUCUGGAGCAGCAGACGGACAUGAGGGUGCAGCUCCUUCAGGACCUCCAGGACUUCUUCCGUAAGAAGUCCGAGAUCGAGAUGGAGUAUUCACGCAACCUGGAGAAGCUGGCCGAACGCUUUAUGGCCAAGACCAGGAGCACAAAGGAUCACCAGCAAUAUAAGAAGGACCAGAAUCUCUUGUCCCCAGUGAACUGCUGGUACCUGUUGUUGAACCAGGUCCGAAGGGAGAGCAAAGAUCAUGCGACUCUGAGCGAUAUUUAUUUGAACAACGUUAUCAUGCGCUUCAUGCAGAUUAGUGAAGACUCUACACGCCUUCUGAAAAAGAGUAAAGAAAUCACCUUUCAGUUGCAAGAGGAUUUAAUGAAAGUCCUCAACGAGCUCUAUACGGUGAUGAAAACCUACCAUAUGUAUCACACGGAGAGCAUCAGUGCUGAGAGUAAGCUGAAAGAGGCAGAGAAGCAGGAGGAGAAACAGAUUGGACGCACUGGUGAUCCGGUCUUUCACAUCCGGCUAGAGGACAGACCCCAGAGACGGAGCUCUGUCAAGAAGAUUGAGAAGAUGAAGGAGAAGAGACAAGCCAAGCACUCGGAGAACAAGCUGAAGUCGAUCAAAUCUCGGAACGAAUACCUGCUGACGCUCGAAGCUACUAAUGCUACAAUCUUCAAAUAUUACAUUCACGACUUGUCAGACUUAAUAGACUGCUGUGAUCUAGGGUACCAUGCCUCUCUGAACCGGGCUUUGCGCACCUACCUCUCGGCCGAAUAUAACCUGGAGACAUCCCGUCAUGAAGGCCUGGACAUCAUUGAGAACGCCGUGGACAGUCUGGACCCCCGUAGUGACCGGCAGCGUUUCAUGGAAAUGUACCCUACUGCAUUCUGCCCACCUGUGAAAUUUGAGUUCCAACCACAUAUGGGAGAUGAGGUGUGUCAGAUCACGGCCCAACCUCCCAUACAGGCCGAACUCCUGCUGAGAUUCCAGCAGCUGCAGUCCCGGCUGGCCACUCUCAAGAUUGAAAACGAGGAGAUCAAGAAGACCUCAGAAGCCACUCUCACUACCAUUCAGGACAUGGUUACCAUCGAGGACUACGAUGUGUCAGAAUGCUUCCAUCAUAGCCGUUCAAAUGAAUCAGUCAAGUCCAUAGUGUCAGAAACCUACCUCAGCAAGCCGAGCAUCGCCAAGAGACGCGCCAACCAGCAGGAGACGGAACAGUUCUAUUUUAUGAAAUUCCAAGAGUAUCUGGAGGGCAGCAAUCUCAUUACUAAACUCCAGGCAAAGCAUGAUCUACUGAAGAGGACCCUCGGUGAUGGUUACCGGCCUGAGUACGCAACCACAAGGCCUCCCAGUCUUCCUCCUAAACCGUUUGGCACUCACAGGUCCAGGCCACGCUCUGUAUUUAACGUUAAGCUUUUUAAUGGCAAUUUGGAGUCAUUUGUUAAGGACUCUGGACAAGCAAUACCACGAAUUGUUGACAGUUGCAUUCGAUUCAUUAAUCUAUAUGGUCUUCAACAUCAAGGGAUAUUCAGAGUUUCUGGAUCUCAAGUUGAAGUCAACGAUAUCAAGAACUCGUUUGAGAGAGGUAACGAUCCCCUGACAGACGAAGAGAAUAACCAUGAUAUUAACUCUGUGGCUGGGGUUUUGAAACUCUACUUUCGUGGUCUGGAAAAUCCGCUAUUUCCAAAGGAAAGAUUCAAUGAUCUCAUCUCCUGUAUCAGAGUUGAAAAUCUGUAUGAGAGAGCUCUGUAUAUUCGUAAGAUUCUCUUGACUGUACCCAGAUCAGUGCUUGUGGUCAUGCGUUAUCUGUUCGCCUUCCUCAACCACCUGUCCCAAUACAGUGAUGAGAAUAUGAUGGAUGCCUAUAAUUUGGCCAUCUGCUUUGGGCCCACCCUCAUGCCCACCCCAGACACGCAGGACCAGGUCUCCUGCCAGGCCCAUGUCAAUGAGGUCAUCAAAACCAUCAUCAUCCACAACGAGACCAUAUUUCCUGACACAAAGGAGCUUGAUGGCCCCUUGUAUGAGAAGUGUAUGGCAGGUGGUGACUAUUGUGAGAGUCCGUACAGUGAACAUGGAGCUCUAGAAGAAGUUGACCAGGAUGGAGGAACGGAGACCCACACCAGUGAAGAUGAGGGUGAGCCCAUUGAAGCAAUCGCAAAGUUUGACUAUGUGGGGCGCUCUGCACGGGAGCUGUCCUUCAAAAAGGGUGCGUCCCUGCUGCUGUACCAGAGAGCGUCGGAUGACUGGUGGGAGGGCAGGCAUAAUGGCAUAGACGGCCUAGUGCCUCACCAGUACAUUGUUGUCCAGGACAUGGAUGACACAUUCUCAGACUCUCUGAGUCAGAAAGCAGACAGUGAGGCCAGCAGUGGACAUGGAGGAGAGGAGAAAUGCUCCAGCAGGGACAUGGGAUCUCCAACAGACAGCCGACAACCUGAUCCAUACAUCAGUAGCCGGCACAGGAAGAGAAGUGACCCCCCAACCCGCCGGCCUCCAGCCCGGCCCACUGACGCCCACUGCAUGGUCCACCACUCUCAGGGCCACCAUAAUAACCACAGCAGCCACAGUAGUCAUGGCACACCAGAUUUGGGCUCCCCAGUGAUGGGUCACUAUAGCCCCCGGGACCUGAUGCGAGGAAGAGGACACAUGCCCAUGGACAGUCCCGAGAGAUGCAGACGGAUGGGCCACGGCAGCCUGACCAACAUCAGCCGCCACGAGUCCAUGAAUAAGAUGGAAAGCCCACCCAUCCGCAGGUCCACCUCCUCAGGCCAAUACACAAGCUUCACCGAUCCUCAUGGCAAGAAUCUGGAUCCAGAGAGCAUCGCACAGGACAUCGAGGAAACGAUGAACACUGCUCUGAAUGAGCUAAAGGAACUAGAAAGGCAGAGUUCUGCCAAACACGCCCCUGAUGUGGUGCUGGACACCCUGGAGCAGAUGAAGAAUGCUCCCACUCAGACCAGCUCCAACGAGUCCCUCAGCCAACUCCACGGUCUCCUGCUGCGGGCUGCCGUCACCGAGCCGCCCAUGCGCCGUAGCACAAGCUCAUCCAGUGAUACCAUGAGCACCUUUAAGCCUGCUGUAGCUCCACGUAUGGGAGUACAGCUCAAGCCCCCCGCUCUGCGACCCAAGCCCAUGGUGACGAUACCAAAGUCAGGAGCGGCACAGUAUCCGGCGCCCCCUCCACAGGAUCCACUGGAUAAAUCCUGCACACAGAGAGGACACAACAGUUGAAGGACAACAAAAGAUAAUGAUCACUGCAAUAGAAGCCAGAUUUAUUGUUGAUUUUAAUGUGUUCUCCAACAUUUCAUUCGCUUUAGAGAGGAAUGGGCUAAAAUGAAUAAACUGCUGGUUAAAUACAGAAACUUUAAUACAUGUAGUCUCUUGAUUCUUUGUUACUGUGGUCGGCAUGGAAUUAAUAAACUAAAAAUAACAGUGGUCACUAAGCAUAGUUCAGAGGACGAGUAGAUUUGUUAAAGGGAUAGUUCACCCAAAAAUGAAAAUUCUGUCAUCAUUUAUUCACCCUCGUUUUUCCAAACCUGUAUGACUUUCUGUCGAACAUAAAAGGAGAUCUUAGGCAGCAUGUCUUAGUCAACAUCUAGUUUUGUGUCCUAUAGUAGAAGGGAAGUCAUACGGGUUUGUGAAAACAAGGGUGAAUAAAUGAUACCAGAAUUUCCAUUUCUAGGUGAAUUAUCCUUUUAAACUGGUGUUUAAUAUUUUAGAGGGUUAUACUUUCUCUAACAUGCCCUCUUUUGUCACUUUAAUUAAACAAAGGGACAUUCUUGUAGAGCAAGACACCUGUGACUAAUGGAAAGCAAUUAAUGUGUAUCCAAAAAACUGUUUGCUUGCAUGUACAACACCUUAUUUUCCCAUGUGUUACUCAGUGUGAAUAGAUUAAGGAAUUCUGACAAUGAUACUAAAGAAAGCAACAAAUCACUUUGGCUUCCUGUGUUGUUAAGUGAUGUUUUAUAGUAGUAGUUUACAUCCCGACUGCUAAAUGUGAAUAAUACAGAAACUAAGCGGGAUCUUUGUUUUCUUUGUGUGUUUACAGUUUAUGGGAAAUCAGUGUUUUUGUCUAGUUAAACCUGCCUGGUUAGCACAGUGGAAUGUUGACUUUGGAAACUCUGCCACAUAUGAUGAUCGUUCUGAUUGGCUGUUUGAGGCAGUUGGAUGUUGUCGACACCUUAUAUGUUGCAUCAGCAAAGCUUUACUUUGAAUAUUAUAUUUUUGAUAAUAAUAUUAUUUUGCGUAGAGUGAGUUUGCGUGCACCACAUCUGCAUUGAAGAUGUUGAACAACCAUUUUCAUAGUGACUUUGUUCAUUUUUUUUUAAGUUCUUCACUUAUUUUCUUACUUGGAAAGAUAUAUAUUGUAUACAUGUAUAUAAAUGUACAUCCACUAAACCUUAUUUCUUUCUCAUUUACAUAACGUUGUCCCAGAUCAAACAGUGGCUCACUAGAGACUAUUUUUUUUAGGGUCUGUGUGCUUGGUAAAAUGCAAUCUGUGAAUAUUUAAGUCUAGUUGAAAAAAAAAAACAUGAUGUGCUGCUUAGAUUUUGAUAUGGAUAGGCUACAAAAAGCUUUCCUGGUCGGCUUAGCUGUCUAAAUGCUCGGCUUGGCUCUAUGCUAUAAAGCAUGAAUCAUAAUCAUUUUAGUUGCAAUAUGCAAGUACUUCUAGAAACCUUUCUGCAAGAUUUAAGGCAAUAGUUCUUGUUUCACCAAACAAGGCGAUAGUGCCGAUUGAUAGCCAUGGACUCAUAGACUGUUACUGCAGUACUUUCAUAGGAUAGUACUGGUUUUAUGUGCGCUAGAGUCCUAUUAACCUUUUGUAAGGCGUCAUAUACAGCACCGCGCCCAAAAUUAAAGGGAUAGGUCACCUAAAAAAAUUCUAAAUUGUUUACUUGCCUUCAUGAUGUUCCAAACCUGUAUGAUUUUCUCUUUUCUGUGAAAUUAGUGAGUAGAUGUGAGGAAGAAUUCAUUGUAUGGAAAAAAAAUCCUGUUGUACCCUACUAUAUGAUGUUUUUUCCUUGUUUUUAGCUUUGUAGUUACAAAUAAUAAAAAAACAGCAGAACCAUCAUAAUUUAUAUUAAUAACAACAAUAAUUAUUAUAAUGAUUUAAAGUUUAUUUUAUAAUUAUUAUUAAUUGUUUAAUUAAAAACAUGUAACAUAGAAAUAAUAUUAUUGUUAUUAAUAUUAUUAUUAUCAUUAUAAAUGACAUUGACUGGUAAACUUCAGGGUUAAUUGUUUUAUUUAAAUACUCUUUAUAUGAUAUGAUGUUAAGAUAAUGUCUAACCAACUGAAUCACUCUCAAAUUAUAAUGCUUCACACAAGGAGGACUGUUGUAAAUUUCAUUUUUAGAAUAAAUAAUUGAAGGCAGGUCUUUAGAUUGUAUCAGAUGAACCAAUAUACUGUAUCAUUCAGUGAAAAAUGUAUUUGAAUUGCAAUUCUGUCUUUAAAGGUUCACUCAGUAUUUUGUUUUAAGUAUGUCGAAGUAUGGCUUACACUGACACCUAGUGGCCCGGAUGAGGCAUCUUUCAAACGCAGUCGUUUUCAGUUACCAAUCCCAUUGUAGAAAUUCACAAUGCACAGUAAACCAGGAUUAAUUUAAUCCAUGAGUGAAAGUCUCCAGAAACAGGGCAGUUACCGAGAUUAAGUAAGUAGUAUUCAGCUGGUCAUGUGAUGCUAAAAUGGCUGCCCCCAUGAGUGGACCUUCUCCAUGUAAAA